CUCCCUUUGCAGCGACACAAGUCGAAGAAGUAACCAUUACCAAAAUGUUCAAAUUGUUCGUUCUCGCCGCUCUCCUGGCCGUCGCCGCCGCCAAGCCCGGUCACCUGGCCGCCGCUCCUCUGGUCUACAGUGCUCCUGCUGCCACCACUAUCGUUCAGGAGCCCGUCCUUGCCAAAGUCGGAGCCGUGGUCAAGAGUGUGCCCACCGCUGUGAGCCACCAGAGCUUGACCCAGGUGCACAGCACUCCCGUCGUCGAGGAUGUUGUGGCUCCCGUGGUUAAGACCACUGCCGUCCACUCUGCUCCCGUCGUGGCCGCCGCUCCCAUUGUGAAGACCGUCGCACCUGUUGCUUACUCUGCUCCCCUGGCCUACUCCGCCCCCUCGGUGGCUGCCUACUCUGCGUAUCCUUCCUACACCGCCCCUCUGACUUACUCCGCCCCCCUGGCCUACUCCUCGCCGGUGGCCUAUGCCGCUCCUGCUCCCCUGCUGCACCACGCUCCCCUCACCUACGCCGCCAGCGCCUGGUAAAUAACCCAUAAACGAGAACGAAAGAAUUUGAGCGAAAAAAAUACAAAACGAAUAAAAGUUAACUAAA